GGGCCAGGGCCUGCCGCCCCUGGGGAGCCGGCAGGAUGGCUGAGGGCAGGGCGAGCGGCGCCGCCGGUCUCUUCGCCAAGCAGGUGCAGAAGAAGUUCAGCAGGGCCCAGGAGAAGGUACUGCAGAAGUUGGGGAAAACUGUGGAAACCAAAGAUGAAUGGUUUGAACAAAAUGCCAAUAACUUCUACCAACAACAGGCGGAAGGCCACAAGCUAUACAAGGACCUGAAGAACUUCCUCAGUGCAGUCAAAGUGAUGCAUGAAAGUUCAAAGAGAGUGUCAGAAACCCUGCAGGACAUCUACAGCAGCAAGUGGGAUGGUCAUGAGGAGCUGAAGGCCAUCGUAGCGAAUAAUGAUCUCCUUUGGGAAGACUAUGAAGAGAAACUAGCUGACCAGGCUUUGAGGACCAUGGAAAACUAUGUAGCCCAAUUCAGCGAGAUUAAGGAAAGAAUUGCCAAGCGGGGCCGGAAACUCGUGGACUAUGACAGUGCCCGACACCACCUGGAGGCGGUACAGAGUGCCAAGAAGAAAGAUGAGACCAAGACUGCCAAGGCAGAGGAAGAGUUCAACAAAGCCCAGGUUGUAUUUGAAGAUCUGAACCAGGAACUACUAGAGGAGCUGCCUGUUCUUUAUAAUAGUCGUAUUGGCUGUUAUGUGACCAUCUUCCAAAACAUUUCCAACUUGAGAGACGUCUUCUACAGGGAAAUGAGCAAGCUGAACCACAAUCUGUACGAGGUGAUGAGCAAACUGGAGAAGCAACAUUCCGACAAAGUCUUUGUGGUGAAGGGACUCUCAAGCAGCAGCAGACGCUCUCUAGUCAUCUCUCCCCCAGUUCGAACAUCUACCGUCUCCAGCCCUCUUACCUCACCUACCAGUCCCUCUGCGCUUUCCUUGAAGAGUGAGAAGGACUCCACCUCAGCAAGUGAGGAAGAGCUGGCAUCUGAUCCAGCCCAGGGAGAAGAUAACUCCGAGAUUAAAAAAGAGCCCUUAAAAGACAAGGAAAUAGAGGAGGAGGCAGAAGCAAGCUCCUCUGAGGAGGAAGAGCCUCUGCCAGCCUUCAACGGCCCCUCCCAGGCCCAGCCCUCACCCACCGUUGAGGGUGGAGAGUCCCAGGAGGAAGUUCUCCCUUGCUCCCUAGCUCCAUCACCAGGCAGAGCUCUGAUCCCUUCAGAGCAGGCUUCAUCUCUCCCAGAAGUAGUCCUCCGAACCCGCACCUCAAGUGAAGGAUCUGAACAGCCAAAGAGAGCCUCUAUGCAGAGGGCCUCAGCACCGGAUAGGCCUCCUCCACCCAGAGCCACUCCCAGCCCCAGGUCCUCCUUAGGGAACAUGCCCUCCAGCCCUCCAGCCUCUGAACGGAGUUCACCCACCAGCUCUAGGGCCUCCUUAGGGAACAUGCCCUCCAGCCCUCCAGCCUCUGAACCGAGUUCACCCACCAGCCCUAGGGCCUCCUUGGGGGCUGAGACUCCAAGUCCUAGGGCCUCCUUAGAGGCCUCUCCUGAUCCACAGCCACCAGAGAAGCCAGCAAGAACUCCUGAGGUCGGAGAAAAGGAAAACACCGAUAAUCUGAACCCAGAAGAACUUUGUACUGCCCCAACCUUGAUGAUCUCUCAGAACCAAGGUCUUCAGCUUCAUGUCUCUGCGGUUCCAGAAGAGAGCAGCGUCAUAGCACCCGAGCCUCAAGAAGAGGUGUCUACCAUUCAAAAUGCACAACUCUGAAGAGGAACUGCCAAGACCUCCCCACACACACCUCCCCAGAAAAGCCCCUCAGCUAGAGGAUAUAAGUCAGAGGGACUUAAGAUCCAGCAUUCAUUUCUGGUUUCUCAAACUAUGAAUGCUGGCGGUCUCUAAAGACCUAGCAUUAAUGGAGGCUGAGGAGCAGACUUAGGGGAGGGAGGGAGGCAGUCUUGGGAGAAGAGACUGUUAGACUCGGAAUAUUUAAUUCAGGUUUUAGCAUUGUUAGAAUAAUAAGACUUUAUAUACUAAUGAAGUGGGGCUAAAAUGACUAUGAAAAGCACAAGCAUCUGUAGACAUAGACAUUUGUCCACCCACAGGCAUAUAACCACACAUACUCAGAGACUAGUGAACAGAUCUUUGAUUUACCACUCAUUUUGCAAGACUUAAAACCAAAA